AUAUCCUGCAAAUGUGAUGCUCUGAAGACGGCAGAAUACCACCAGGGUCACCCCUCAUGGAUCCCAUCGGACACGUUUAUCUGUACGAAACAGGCUUUGUCCAGAAUGGUCGGGCGGUCACCGUUUUAUGGGCGUCCUGCACCCUGUUCCUGGGGAUCCUGGAGAUCGUGGUGCUCCUGCAGCCCACCUGGGUUCUGAGCGGGGAAGGUCGAGGACAUUUUGGACUGUACCAGCUUUGUGAGGAGUCAGACUGGGGUACAGAAUGUCGGGGUCCUCAGGGCGUCCUGGAGGCUCUCCCGGCGUUCCAGACGGCAGCUGGCUUCAUGCUGGGGGCUCUGCUGCUGGUGCUCCUCAGCCUGGCCUCCAUCGUGCUGCUGAGGUUCUGUCACUCGGGGACCGUCUACAAACUCUGCGCUUGGCUUCAAAUGACUGCUGCCUUCUGCCAGGGUCUCGCCUGCAUCCUCUUCCCGGACGGCUGGGACUCCCCCGCUGUGCGGCCAUUUUGUAACUAUCGCUCAGACAGAUACGAGCUGGGGAGCUGCUCGGUGCACUGGGGCUUUAUCCUCGCCAUAUUGGGAACCUUUGACUGUUUGGUUCUGUCCAUUUUGGGGUUCACCCUUGGAAAACGUCAUGAUGCCUUGAACCCCAGUGAUGUCAAACCCGGCAAAAAAGGGUUGUUUGCAGAUACUCCCUGACUGCUGCCAUCAUGGAUGAUCCCCCUCUUCUUGGAUUUUCCACGUCUGUGGAU